AUGUGGGCUAGACGGUUAUAUAAUCAGGUGGAUGUGGAGCUUGUAGGAAAACUGAACUCAACAGCUUCUCAUCAAAGUUUGGAGCUGACCUAUGGGUCAUUUCUACCACUAAAAGGUGUCAAAAAGCUAUUCCCAUUUUUGUAUCAGAUGGUCCCAAAUGAAGCCCACCAGCACACAGGGAUUGUGCGAUUACUUCAGCAUUUUGGAUGGACAUGGGUUGGGCUUUGGGCUGUGGAUGAUGACAAAGGGGACAGGUUUUUACAGACAAUGGUGCCAAUGCUUUCUCAGAACGGCAUCUGUUAUGCCUACAUAGUAAGAAUACCAAAAUGGAAUUAUGUCGAUGAGAUGAUAGACUUUGCUUUACAGCAUUUAGGAACCUAUGCAAUGGUCUUUGAAGAAAACCCAACUGUGUUCUUUAUUUAUGGAGAACCUCCAUGCUUUCAGGUUUUGAGAAUGUUGCUAUUAGUAGCACCCAUACUAGGAUUUCCACCUCUGGGAAAAGUAUGGAUUAUUACAUCCCACUGGGACUUUGCAUCACUGUCUAUACAGAAGAAUUGGGAGAUACAAACAUUUCAUGGUUCCAUAUCCCUCACAGUUCACUCAAAUCAGCCAUUAGGAUUCCAAAGGUUCAUUCAGAUGCUGAGCCCUUUUUGGGCCAAAGGAGAUGGUUUUAUCCAGGAGUUCUGGAAACAGGUAUUCAACUGUUUAUUUAAAAUCUCGGAUGAAUCAGAGGAGGGAAAUGAAAAUGAAACCUGCACUGGCAAAGAGAAGCUGGAGAGCCUUCCUGGAAUUCUGUUCGAAAUGGACAUGAUUGGCCACAGCUACAAUGUCUACAAUGCUGUCUAUGCUGUGGCACAUGCUUUGCAGGCCAUAUACAAAUCCAACUCCAAAUACAGAGGAUUGGAAGAAAGGGGCAAACUGACAUUUCCAAACGUGCAAUCAUGGCAGGUCCAUCAUUUUCUAAGGCGCAUCAUAUUCAAUAAUAGUGCUGGAGACAAUGUGUGCUUUGAUGAAAAUGGAGAAUUGGUUACAGGUUUUGAUGUCACAAACUGGGUGAUGUUUCCCAAUGGUUCUGUGGUAAGAGUAAAAAUGGGAAAAUUGGACCCUCAGGCUCCUCCAGGCAAAGAGUUAACCAUUCAUGAUGACCAGAUUGUGUGGCAUCCAAGCUUUAAUCAGGUGCUGCCCCUUUCCAUGUGCAAUGACAACUGCUAUCCUGGCUAUAGUAGGAAAAAGAAGGAGGGUGAGAAAUUUUGCUGUUAUGACUGUGCUCCAUGCCCAGAAGGAAUGAUAUCUGGCCAGAAGGAUAUGGAUGCCUGUGUGAAAUGUCCAGAAGACCAAUACCCAAACAAGGACAAAACCCGAUGCAUUCACAAGGUUCUAACCUAUCUGUCAUACAAAUUAGAUUUAGGGAUCACCUUAGCCAUCUUGACUAUUGCUUUCUCAUCGAUCACAGCUUUAGUUCUUGGAAUUUUUAUGAAGCACAAAGAGACCCCAAUAGUUAAAGCCAACAAUCGAACCCUCGCCUACAUCCUGCUCAUCUCCCUCCUCCUUUGCUUCCUCAGCUCCUUACUCUUUAUUGGGAAGCCUGGAAAUGUGAUCUGCCUUCUCAGACAAACAGUGUUUGCUUUCAUAUUCUCUGUGGCUCUUUCCAGCAUUUUGGCAAAAACCAUCACCAUGGUUAUGGCAUUUAUGGCAACCAAGCCAGGUUCAAAAAUGAGAAAAUGGAUAGGGAAAAGAUUGACAAAUUCUAUCAUCCUUUCCUGCUCCUUUCUUCAAGUUGCCAUAUGUACUCUUUGGUUAAGUACUUCCCCUCCUUUUCCAGACAAAGACAUGCACUCAGCAAAGGCAGAAAUCAUACUAGAAUGUAAUGAAGGUUCAGCUACCAUGUUUUAUUGUGUCUUGGGCUAUAUGGGUUUCCUGGCCCUUAUUAGCUUUAUUAUGGCUUUCCUGGCCAGAAAGUUACCCGACAGUUUCAACGAGGCUAAAUUUAUUACUUUCAGCAUGUUGGUGUUUUGCAGUGUUUGGCUGACUUUUGUUCCAACAUACUUGAGCACCAAAGGAAAAUACAUGGUGGCUGUGGAAAUAUUCGCCAUCUUAUCAUCCAGUGCUGGGUUACUGGGCUGCAUCUUUUCCCCUAAAUGCUACAUCAUUCUGCUCAGGCCUGAGCUGAACAACCGGGAUCAAUUAAUAAGGAAAAUAAAAUGA